AUGCCUGGUGCAGACAGAAGAGAUAUGCAAAAGAAGCAACUUUUGAACCACAUGGCUGACAAGGAGCAAAGACCGUUACCUGGGAGAAGCAACUAUGCUGGAAACCUGUCUCGAUCUGAGAAGAAGCUCCAAGAGGCUAUUUGUGUGCUGCUGGUGGAGCUGUGUGAGCGAUUCACGUUCUUUGGCAUUGUCUGCAACAUGAUCCUCUUCUGCACUGUCAAACUUGGCUAUCGCAACUACCAGGCAGCUAUUGUCAAUAUGUGCUUUGUAGGCACCUCUAUGUUGACACCAGUACUGGUUGGCUGGCUUGCCGAAUGCCUUGUGGGGAGGAUCAAACUUGUGUGCAUCUGCAUGUUUCUACACUUCCUAGGCACAGCCCUGUUACCUGUUGUGGCAUUCCCCUUUGAAGAUAUUUACAUUGGCAGACGACAUAUUCUUCACACGCUAACCAAAAGGGAGCAGAAAAUAGUAUUCUACUUUGCACUACUCACAGCUAGUCUGGGAAUAGGAGGCGUAAGAGCUAUAGUUUGUCCAUUAAGUGCAUACAACCUUGAGGACUGUGGACCGAAGGAACUUCUUUCUUUUUUCAACUGGUUUUAUUGGCUUAUUAACCUAAAUUCAGCAGUUGUCUUUGUCAGCAUUUCUUAUAUCCAGCAGUCUGUGGCCAGGAACCUUGGUUUUCUUAUCCCAUUUGUGUCCGUGCUUAUGGCUAUGAUCACAAUUCACAUGGUGCGUGGUGAAAUGAUUUACAAACCCAAAACAGACAGUUCCCUGCUGACGACUUUUGGGGUAAUUGCUAGUGCACUGAAAACGUGCUGCAUGCGAUAUCGCUACUUUAACGGAGGCAUGACAAACUGGCUAGAUCAUGCCAAGGAAAACUAUGGUGGUCAAUACAGUGAGACUCAGGUGGAAAGCACAAAGUCGCUUGCCAGGCUCUUCCCGUUGUUUGCUUUCCAAAUUCUAUACAGGAUGUGUAUUAUGCAG